AUGCUUCAGCCAAUUGGUAAACCUGAAGUUCUCGACCCUUACUCGAUCAAAAACUUACCACCAUUGAUAAUUGGAGGGGCCGUGUUUAAUUAUCAAUACUCUUCCGACCCACAUUCCCUUCCUGUACAAGAAUUGAUCGAACGGGCUUUUCAACUAGGUUUAAAUGCCCUUGAUACGUCACCAUAUUAUGGACCCUCCGAGGAGAUUAUCGGCCAAGCUUUACAAAAGAUAUCAUUUUCUCGAGACCAAUACUAUAUUUGCACCAAAGCUGGUCGAGUCAAGUUGGAUGAAUUUGAUUACAGCCGAGCUAGUGUUCGUCUGUCUGUAGAGAGAUCUUUGCAACGUUUGGGCACUUCUUACAUCGAUUUGGUUUAUAUGCACGAUAUCGAGUUUGUUGAACCGGAUCAGAUUAUGGAUGCAUUGAAAGAAUUACAUUUACUCAAAAGUGAAGGGCUUAUUAAAAAUUUUGGGAUUUCAGGCUACCCGGUGAAAUUUUUAUAUGAGAUUGCUCUUAGAUGUAAAAAUGAAAUUGCUCCAUUGGAUGCAGUGUUGUCAUACUGUAAUGGAUGUAUCCAAAAUACAUUAUUAUUUGAGUACCACGACAAGUUCUUACAAGACUGUGGUGUUCAGACAGUUUUGAAUGGAUCGAUUCUUUCCAUGUCGAUGUUGAGAUCAGAUAUAACACAUUCAUUUCAUCCUGCAUCACCAGCAUUAAAACAACGAGUUGCUGAUAUUGCCGAAAAAUUGAAAGAAGAAAAUGUUGAAUUAGCUGACUUGGCUACUCGAUUUGCAAUUAAAGAAUGGUUGUUUAAAUAUAAAUCUGGCAUAGUUUUAGGAGUGUCUAAUUUGCACGAGUUGGAGUCUGCAGUACAAUGUUACUCGGAUGUAAAGAGUGGGGUUUUCAACGACGGAAAAUUGGUAGAGCAGGUACAGACAUCAUUAGCGGAACAUUUCAAUGAAACAUGGCCUAGUGGCAAUCAUUGA